UUGUCACCCCGGACGUCAUGGCCAUGGAUGGAUUGACGAUGCAGCAACCCCGCCUCACCAUGCUGACAAUCGCAGGCUCCGACUCCGGCGGCGGAGCGGGCAUACAGGUCCCCCCUCCCUUGACCAAAUGCUGCCGUUGAUUGAGUUUCGAGCUCAGGCCGAUCUCCGAACCUUCGCGGCUCUAGGCCACUUUGGAACCAGUGCAGUGACGGCUCUCACUGCUCAGAACACCCUGGGUGUGCAGGGAAUCCACGGUGUGCCCGCGCAGUUUGUGGCCCGACAGCUCCAGUCUGUUCUAGACGACAUCGAUGUGCACGCUAUCAAGACAGGCAUGCUUUUCAAUGCAGAAAUAAUCGACGCGGUCGCGCACACAUUGGGCGCGCACUCGGCUCAGCGCGCGUUGCCCCCACUCGUCUGUGAUCCCGUUUGCGUGUCGACCUCAGGCCACAGUCUGCUCGAGCCCCAAGCCGUCAACGUGCUCGUCUCCAAACUGUUCCCUAUGACAUCAGUGCUCACGCCUAACAAGUCGGAGGCGGAGGUCAUCUUAUCCCGCUCGAUCUCGUCGCUUGCAGAUAUCGUAGCGGCUGCCACGGACCUCCUGAAGCUCGGGCCACAAGCGGUGCUACUCAAGGGCGGCCACUUUGCCACGACUGCCGUUGACAUCGAGUCCCUCGCUCGCGCACAGCCCGAGGUGUCGAUGGGCUCCCGGUCUGAGAACAUGCGCAUCCUCUCGCGGCCAAGCGAAGACAGCCCGCUUGUUGUUGACGUGCUGUGCGAGAAGGACGGUCGGACUACGGUAUUUGCACGUCCCCGAAUAGACUCUUCCUCGACGCAUGGAACGGGAUGCACACUCAGUGCAGCGCUCGCGUGUUUUCUGGGAUCUGGUGCCACAGUUCAUGAGGCCGUGUCUCGUGCGACUGCGUUCACUCAUCUAGGCAUUGCCACCGCCUCUGCCAUCGGCACCGGAUACGGCCCGCUCAACCACCUGCAUUCGACACCACGUUUGGUCAUUCCACCCCGCUCAGCUGCAGAUCCAUUUCCAUUGACAAGGAUGCUCAUUUCUGCGAAUCCGAGACACUGGAGCGAUUAUGUCGAGCACUCGUUUGUGCAACAGCUCGGCGCGGGCAGUCUUCCUCGCGCGGCUUUCCUCCACUUCAUCAAACAAGACUAUCAUUAUCUCAAAUACUACGCCCGCGCAUCCAGUCUGCUUGCCGCCAAGUCCGACUCGUUCCCGGCCAUCGACUCUGCGAUGCAAACUACGCUGAAUGUGCUGCGGGAGAUCGACACGCACAAGGCAUUCUGCGCUGGUUUCGGGGUCUCCCUAGAAGAGCUCGAUGCGACGGAGGAAUCCAUAGAAACGACUGCUUACGGAUGCUAUCUGAUGGACAUCGGGUUGAAAGGUGGCUUACGAUGUUCAUGCGGUCUUGUGUUCACUCAGUUUGUUUGGUCCAGGGGACACUAUGAAACUACUGAUCGUGCUGCUGGCAUGUCUGCUGGGGUACGGUGAAGUUGGUCUGCGGCUCAAAACUGCAGAAUUAGAAGGAAACCCGUAUCGUCGAUGGAUCGAGGAUUACUCUGGCCCGCAUUAUCAGGGAGCUGUCCGCGCUGGACUAGAACUGAUUGAAGAACGCGCUCAAGCCGAUCCCCCGUCAUCUGCCCGGCUGAAGGAAUGGCUGAUGGUCUGGGACCAGUGCACUCGCCUCGAGACGGCGUUUUGGGCGAUGGGGUUGAACGCUGCCCAGGCGGAUCAGUGAGACAUCGUCGAAUUUUUCAUGCUAGAGGCCCCUGUUACCUGUCUUGCGCUUGACCACACCCAAAUAUGACUCUGUUGACCAACUCGAACGCUGCUCGUGCGGCUUCGGAUGCUGCAACCAGAAAGUCGAUCCCGUCGGAGAACGCGCCGACCAGUCCAUCUCCGAGAGCAGCAGGAUUCCGAGAGCUCUCGAGAUGCGAGAAUCUUCCGGAUCCAUUAGCGGCGUCCAACCGCGAUCAGCCGAGAUGCCGA